AUGUGGCCCAUCCAGGACCCAGAGACGAAGCUGGUCGUGAAAAUCGACUUCUUCAUUCUUUCAUUCUGUUGUUUGACGUACUUCUUCAACUACCUGGACCGAUCCAACCUGUCCAAUGCGUACGUCUCAGGGAUGAAGGAAGAGCUGGCCUUUCAUGGCAACCAGUUCAAUGUCAUCAACACGAUCUUCACCGUGGGCUACAUCCUGGGCCAAGUGCCGUCUAAUCUGGCCAUCACAUAUUUCCGCCCACGCAUAUUUUUCCCCACCAUGAUCCUGCUGUGGGGUGCCCUGACGAUGGUCACGGCUGCUGUGCAUAAUCCGCAGGGGAUCAUGGCCAUUCGCUUCUUCUUGGGUCUUGCGGAAGCGAGUACCUUUGCGGGAACCCACUAUAUUCUGGGCUCGUGGUAUUCCGAGCGCGAACUAGGCAAACGUAGUGGAAUAUUCACUGCCUCUGGGCUAGCUGGAACCAUGUUUGGGGGCUUCAUCCAGACAGGCAUCCAUUCGUCCUUGGACGGUGCACGGGGCCUGUCUGGCUGGCGAUGGCUAUUCAUUGCCCCUGUCGACCGGGCCUUUUUGAAACGGCUCUUUACCACGUGGUACUGGUGGGCCUUUGUCAUUCUCUGGGUGAUUGCAGGCGAGACGGAGUCUUUCUCGUCGAACUCGUUGCUCGCGCUGUACAUGAAAGCCCAUCCUACUAUUCACUACUCGGUUGCCCAGCUCAAUAAUUACCCAACGGGUGUGCCAGCAGUCGGCAUCGUAUCCACUCUUUUUUGGGCCACGCUAACCGAUGUACUCCGCGGGAAACGCUAUCUUGUGGGCUACUUUAUCGGAGUGACGGGAGUCGUGACUUCGGUUCUUAUCUUGACUCGGUUCGAGUCCACGGCUACCGUGUUCGGGGCAUACUACUGGGCCGGUGCGGUAUAUGCAUGUCAAGCGACGUUCUUCGCCUGGUGCAAUGAUGCCAUGAGGUCGCAGGAUGCUCGUCAGCGGUCUGUCGUGAUCGCGAGUAUGAACAUGGGGAACAACGCGGUUAAUGCGUGGUGGAGCAUCCUCUUCUAUUCGGCCGACCUGGCACCACGCUUCACCCGCGGCAUGUGGGCGAUGAUCGGCUGUUCCAUCGCACUGGUCAUCUGGACGACGGGGAUCGUGUAUAAGAGUGUCCGAGAGGAGCGGAAGGCACGUAUUGUGGACUCCUCGUUGGUGGACCAGCAGCAGCGCACUGUCAAGUCAAUGGAAGAUGCUAUCAAUUUAAGCGGCGGGCUAACCGCGCACUGA